AUGGCCUGUAUUAGAAGAGCCACAAUUGAUGAUGUGUUCACAAUACAACAGAACAAUUUAUACUGCUUACCAGAGAACUACCAAAUUAAAUACUACUAUUAUCACUCAAUGACUUGGCCACAACUUUUGGAUAUAGUAACAGAUUCGAACGACCAGAACAAAUCUGUAGGGUAUGUUCUUGGGAAAAUUGAAGAUGAUUCUAAUCCUUUACAUGGUCAUAUUACAUCAAUAGCCGUUUUAAGAACACACAGAGGAUUUGGUGUGGCAAAGAAGCUUCUUAAGCAAAGCCAUCAUGGAAUGCAGAGUAUAUAUAAAGUUCCGUAUUGUAGUUUACACGUAAGGGUUUCCAAUUAUACUGCAAAGAACUUGUAUCAAAAAGCAUUAAAUUAUAAGGUAGAUAGUAUAGAAGCCAAGUAUUAUGCUGAUGGUGAAGACGCAUAUUUCAUGAAAUUUUACUUUGAUAAUUCAAAGUAG